GUUGACGUGUGUGUAUCGUAGAAAUUUGUUUACAACGCGCGCGCGUUUGUUGCUUAAGUCUUUUGUUUUCACUUUAAAUUUACGAGUCCAAGUGCGUAAAAUCUUAUUAACAGCUAUAAGCUGGUGUGAUUGUGUGUCACUAAAAUUUAGAUGUUUUAAAACAUUUUAUAUUAUUAAAUAAAAAUAACAAAGUUAUAAACUAACGAAAUAUAAAAUAAAAAUUUAAUUUAUAACAUAAACAAACAGCAGCAGCAGUGUACAAAUAAUAAAAAAUAUAUCACACACUGAGACCACUGAAAACCCUAAAAAGUGAAAGUGAAACUUUUAAAAGUGGCAGCAGCGGUGUUGAUGGUGGUCUUAAGAAUUUUUGGAAUGACCACAUUAUGGAGCGUUUCAUAAAAGCGAAUCUGUUUAUUAUUUGCUGCGUGGCUGCUGGUUUACUUUUGAUUGUCUAUUUGGGUGCAUUUUCAUGUGAAGUGUCAUGGAUUUUAGAAGCAAAAGGUGAUUUACCCUAUUCAGCCUACAUAUUAUGUACACAAUACUUUGUGGUGUUUGUAGCCACAACAAUACUAAUACAUGGCCUAGUAACGGGUCUAUCAUGGGGGUUAUUUGCCUGGUCGGUGGUUAUAGGUAUACUAUCAAUACCCGAAUUAAUAUUUGUCAUGAUUAUGACCACACAACAUUGGGGCCUUCAAUCCGUUCAUGGUUUAACCGAAUUAAUAGCGUAUUUAGUGCGUUUGGUUAUAAAUUGUUUUGCUUUAAUUUGCGUGAUACCAACUGGCCUAAGAUGGCGUCGUGAAUCUCAGGUUCUCACACAGCUACAAGAUUUAGCUACACGCUUGCAGCUUCAAACACCACCACCCAGUGUUCCCAUAACUAAGGCCGAUUCUCGACGUUCCAGUAAACGUUUGCAAAAUCAACAAACAGCUUUCGAAAAUGCUGGUUUUCAAAUAACCGAAGCAGCUAGUAAGGCCAGUAUUAAUGGAUCACAGCCUCAGGGUCUCAAUGCAUUCGGUUCACAAAACGAAUUCAAUGCCAGUAUGUUUGCUUUGCCAUUUUUGCAACAAUAUGCGGCACAAGGCAAUAAUGGCAAUAGAACGGGCAACAAUCGUGCUCAAUCUCUUAUGGAUCUCAGAUGUACUCUACCCGGUCUUUACAAUCCUCGUUAUGUGCUGGAAAAUAGCGAUGAAAAGAAUGGCAAAUAUUUCAAUAUAACUAUCGAUGAUUUAAAACAAAAUCUGCAGGAUACUCAAAAACAACAGCCACCUUCACUCAUAGGUUCUAGCUCAAAUGAUCCUAUUUAUUGUUCCAUCGAACCGAAACAGCCUUCCCCACCACAACAGAGAGGCCAACAGCCUCAACAAAGAGAACCCAUGGCACUGCCACCUCAUGUACAGGCGGGCAAACAGGGACCACCUACAAAAUUGGCUCGCAAUUGUAUAUCGUUGGAAAAUCUCGAUGGCAUUAAUAAAGUACAAAAUGAUUUGGCAGCCUAUGGCAAUAAUCUGCUGCAGAACUAUAAUCAACAGCAACAAUACUAUCUAGCCAUGUUGGGUUAUAUACAACAACAUCAGCAGCAAAGACCACCACAGCAGUUACCCUACAAUAGCAAUUUGAAUCUCUAUCGCAGACCGGGCAGUCAGACAAGUCUAACACCUGGUGCUCCUCUAGCAACACAAUUCCAAAGGCGUAAUUCACAGCAGUUGCAAUAUUAUGGUGGUUUUGGUUAUGCCAACUACACCAAUCCCUAUAUAACCGCCAAUAGUAAGUUAUCAUUGGGCAAUGAAUCCGAUGAUUAUCGUAAAUAUCGUGAUGUGGCCUUAUGAGUUAAACUAUAAGUAAUUUGUUUAAAGGAAACCUUCUUCCAUAUUUUAACGCUGAAAGAAUAUUAUAAUUUUAAGGUGCUACCCCAUAAAUAAGAGAGUGUAAUAUCAAGUCAUUAUUAUAUUUUAUACAAUUAUAUGCAUAAUAUUUUUAUAUUUUUGUUUAUUUGUUUAAAAACGUUUUUAUUUAUACUCAUAAUUGUGUGUUAAAUUUUGUUUAUUAAUUAAUUUUCUAAAAAAGGUCUAUAAUGAAUGAAAGAAAGAAAGAAUAAAUACUAUGCAAAAUAUUUAAAACGUUAGCCAAAGAUCAAAAACUAACUCAAGUUAAACAACCAACUAUAGUUUUAUAACAAUUGAUUUAAAAAAAAGAAAGAGAAGUAAAAAUAUACGUGAAAAAGUAUUUUUAUAAAAUUAUGUAAAGUUUAAUUGUAUUGGCUACAUACGCCUAUAAAUUGAACCUGUUAUUUAGAUGAAAUUGUAAAUUUAUUAUUAUCUAUUUUAAUGUAUCUUUUAUUUAAUAAUUUUUUUUUAUUUUUUUGUUUAAAUUCAUUUAAUACAACGAUUAUUUUAUUUAAAUUAAAUUUAAGUUUAUCUAAAGAAAACUGUUUAUGUAAAUACUCGUAAUAAUUAUUUUAAAAUAAACUUAAUUCGUUAUACGAAUUUCAAUGCACUUUU